CGCGGAGGUGCGUCUCCAGGCUGACGCUGUCGCCUAGCGCGGAGCCAGCUGGACGCGCCACCCUCAGGGCUGACUGCUGCCUUUAUUUACUAGGAAACACUGUUUCCCCGCAGUAGAGUCCAGGAGCGCGCGCGCGCGCGCACACACACACACACACACGCUCGCACACACAUCAUACACGCUCACGAACACACACACACACGCGCGCGCGCGCAAGCUAGCGCGUUGGUUCUUCACAACUGCAUCCCCAAACCGGCAGAGCGAAGCUAUUGCGGUUUUUCUUAACCUCAGCCGCGUGGGGCGAAGCAGGGCCAUUGACAUCUGGGAGAGCCCGGUGCCUGCGCUGCCACCUCGGCUGGAAUGCUUGCUGACUCCUCUGCAAACUUCUAAGGCUGAGACCCUGAGGAACCCAGCUGGAGAAUGCCGUCUGAACGCUUCCUCAGUAUUCAAGAAAUGCUGACAGGCCAGAGGCUCUGCCACUCGGAAUCUCACAAUGAUAGCGUCCUGGCAGCACUGAAUCAGCAGAGAAGUGAUGGCAUCCUCUGCGAUGUCACCCUGAUAGCUGAGGAGCAGAAAUUCCAUGCUCACAAGGCUGUCCUCGCCGCCUGCAGCGACUAUUUCCGGGCCAUGUUCAGUCUUUGUAUGGUGGAAAGUGGUGCCGACGAGGUGAAUUUACAUGGUGUGACCAGCCUUGGCUUAAAGCAAGCGCUGGAGUUUGCAUACACAGGACAGAUUUUGUUGGAGCCAGGCGUGAUCCAGGAUGUGCUAGCAGCUGGCAGUCACCUACAGCUGUUGGAGCUUCUCAAUUUAUGUUCCCACUAUCUCAUCCAGGAAUUAAAUAGCUUUAAUUACUUGGAUCUGUACAGACUUGCUGACCUCUUUAACCUCACUUUGUUGGAGAAGGCAGUGAUCGAUUUCUUAGUGAAACAUCUCUCUGAACUCCUGAAGAGUCGCCCGGAAGACAUUCUAACGCUCCCUUAUUGUCUGCUUCAGGAGGUCCUGAAAAGCGACCGUCUGACCUCCUUGAGUGAAGAGCAGAUCUGGCAGCUAGCUGUGAGGUGGCUGGAACACAGCUGCCAUUACCAAUACAUGGAUGAGCUCCUGCAGUACAUCCGCUUUGGCUUGAUGGAUGUGGAUACCCUCCAUACGGUUGCCCUGUCCCAUCCCCUGGUCCAGGCAAGUGAAACCGCAACGGCGCUUGUCAAUGAAGCCCUGGAAUACCACCAGAGCAUCUACGCACAGCCCGUGUGGCAGACUCGCAGGACCAAACCGCGGUUCCAGUCGGAUACGCUGUACAUCAUUGGUGGGAAGAAACGUGAGGUCUGUAAGGUCAAGGAACUUCGCUACUUCAAUCCCGUGGACCAGGAGAAUGCCCUCAUAGCUGCCAUUGCCAACUGGAGUGAGCUGGCGCCCAUGCCUGUGGGAAGGAGCCACCACUGUGUGGCAGUUAUGGGGGACUUCCUAUUUGUAGCGGGAGGGGAAGUGGAGCACGCCAGCGGCCGGACCUGUGCUGUGAGGACUGCCUGUCGCUAUGACCCCCGCAGUAAUUCCUGGGCAGAGAUAGCACCCAUGAAAAACUGUCGAGAGCAUUUUGUGCUGGGAGCUGUGGAUGAAUACCUCUAUGCGGUUGGGGGCAGGAAUGAACUGCGCCAGGUUCUGCCCACAGUGGAGCGAUAUUGCCCCAAGAAGAACAAAUGGACCUUCGUGCAGUCCUUUGACCGGUCCCUGUCGUGUCAUGCUGGAUAUGUGGCUGAUGGUCUUCUUUGGAUAUCAGGUGGAGUAACUAACACAGCACAAUAUCAGAACAGACUAAUGGUAUAUGAACCUAACCAGAAUAAGUGGAUAAGUCGCAGCCCCAUGCUGCAGAGGAGGGUCUACCACUCCAUGGCUGCUGUCCAAAGAAAGCUUUAUGUUCUUGGAGGCAAUGACCUGGACUACAAUAACGACCGGAUCCUCGUGCGGCAUAUAGAUUCCUAUAACAUAGACACCGACCAGUGGACGCGCUGUAAUUUUAACCUAUUGACUGGCCAAAAUGAAUCUGGAGUUGCUGUCCAUAAUGAGAGAAUAUAUUUAGUUGGUGGAUAUUCGAUUUGGACAAAUGAGCCUCUGGCUUGUAUCCAGGUAUUGGAUGUGAGUAGAGAAGGCAAAGAAGAAGUAUUCUAUGGGCCUACACUCCCCUUUGCUUCUAAUGGAAUUGCAGCAUGCUUCCUCCCAGCUCCGUAUUUCACAUGCCCUAACCUCCAGACUCUUCAAGUGCCUCAUCACAGGAUUGGCACCAUCUGAAAAGCCAAUGCUCUCUUAAUAACCAUCAUGAACAGGAGGGGGGGAAAAAAAAAAAAGGUCUGACUUUUGGAUACUGGGCAUGAAAAUACUCAGUGCUUCCUUGUUAUUUUCUAGGCCUUUUAUUCAGAUAAACACUAGCAAAAAAUGAACAGUUUUCUAAAAUACACGUUAUUGAAAAUACCUGUCACCUUUCUCAGUGUGUGUCAAUAUACAAUAUGUAUGACUUUUAUUGUGAUGACGCUUAAUGCCAACUCAAUGGUCCAUGGGUCUUUGGAACAUUCUUUGUAUACUUUGUCUAAUCAGUGCUGUCCAGGAUGUUACACUCUUAGUAAGGCAUUUUUUUUUUUUUUCCAUCAAUGAUCUUAAAAAAAAUUGUUAGUACUUAAUCCCCUUACUACUUAAACCUGAGUUUGUAAUUUUUCCUUUAAAAAUUUAAUAUUAUACAGCCCUGCUCAGUAGAGACUCACCAUUAUGACAUCAUAAAUUUUUAAAUGCCAUAUUUUAUUCAAGGUAAUACGAAUAAUAGAAGUACACUGGAAUAGCAGAUGGAAUACACAGAUUUUUCACCGUGAUUGCUCUGUGACCUUGGGCCAGGAGCUUAACUAUACAGUGCUUCACUUUUCCCACUUUCUAAGGUGGGCAAUUAUUGAUUUCCAUAUUAAUUCAGAAGAAUGUUGUGAGGAUUAGGCAAAUGCUCUAAAGUACUUUGCCUAAGAAAAAAAAAUGUCACUCAAAUUACAAGGUAUUUUACUGUCUUUAGAAACUUGUAAGGGAACAGGAGACUAUUUUUGAGGUUUAGAAAUUACUGGAUAGAACUUGGAACAUAUGUUGUGAAAUAAAUGAUUCUGAAAAGCAUGUGAAAGAGAAAUGCUAAUUAGGAAAAAGGGAGUUUACCAAAGCCAAAGAUUCCUGCACUUGUACAAAUCCCUGCCUCAAAUAAUAAGUCUCUCGAACAUUUUAUUUAAGCUCAUUUAGUGAAAAAUGACAUUUUAAAGCACAAAAAAAUUAGUUGUGCUAAUUUUGGUAACAUAAAGUGCUUUGACAUAAAUUUGAACCUAGAAUCAGUAGUUCUUAUAAAAGUUUUUCCACUUUGUUAAAGGUUAUGUCAAUCUUAAGUGCUUGUGGAAUUCUUCACCACCACCAAUACAUAUUUUAUUACUACCACUUUUAAUAAUGCAUAAGGAUUUUUUUAGGCUAGGUUUUUGGAUUUGCUUUGUCUAUAACAAAAAAUAAAAAAAUAAAACAACUCAAUAAUCGUAUUUGGACAAAAUUCGAGGUAUAAAGUGAGUUUCCCCCCCUUUCUCUAAUCUUGUUAGGAUCUAAGUCAUCUUUAUUAAAAGGAAGAUUUGACUUUUUCCCUUGGCAUAGUUUAAUCAUUCUGCAAUCCCUGUCUUAUGGGAAACUGUUAUUUUAUUCAUGUAUCCACUUUUAGUAAAUUAUAAGUGAAUAAAAAUAUUUUUAUCC